AUGGCCUGGCUUGGCAAUGAUUUCCUCCAGCUGGCUUUUACCUGGGGUGCUUUCAUCCGAGAUCGCUUCCGGGUUUGUGCCCCUCGGAACGAAAAGGAGAUCCCCACGAAUGGGAAAUCUGUCAGUCAUGAGGAGAAUCCAUUCCGAUACUUGGAGUAUCGGAGUCUUGGCAUCGAGGAUCAGUGUCGACAGUGCAUGAUGUGGCUCAUUCAGAAUCCUCAGCUGUUCCGAGACGUUCGGCACACUGUGGGUUCGGGUGGAGGUGAGAUCGAGGAAAACUCUCACGGUCCAAAGCAAUCAUUUGCAUCCAACAUUACAAAAAGGCGUCUUAAGACCAGAUUUGAUGAUAAUUCCGGGAUUCGAUCGGAGCUCGAGGAGACAAGCGAAGAGGAUGAGGACGAACUGGAAGACACCGAUACGAGCCCUUGCUCGCUUCGUGAUGGAGGUCACAUGAGACGGAGUUUCAACGGUCGUCCUCUGGGUUCCAUCGCCAUCCGUAUCGAGUCGGAGGCAAUAAGAGCGCGAGAGGUCACACGGGUGCAGUUGAGGUACUUUCAAGGAGAGAAUGGUCAGGUGGCAGCCUCUUCUCCUGUGAUUCUAGUGAGGAGGACAGAGGAGAUGGAUGAUGCCACCUCCUCCUGCUCCUCUUCUUCCUCUUCCUCCGCAUCAUCAGCUGCACCUGCUGCAGAAGCUGUAGCUGGGUUCUCCUCAAGAACUGAUCGCUCGUCACUCAUCUGCCUUCUUCUGAAAGAUGUUCAUGCACGUGGCCUUCGGAAAGGAAUGUUCUUUCAACCAGACCCCUAUGCUAAGAUGUGGGUGAGACCAGGCUCAGGUGAAGGGGUUGUGGUGCGACCUCAUCAUGGUCAAGACAAGCGUUCUCAUGUUGCUCCCAGCUCCAUCAAUCCCUCGUGGAAGGGAGAGGAGUUUCAGUUUGCUGUCAGCCGAUCAGACAUUUUGGAGGUGGAGGUGAAAGACCGAUUUGCCAAGGCUAGACCCAUCAUGAGCCGGUUUCUUGGCCAUGCCAGCAUUCCUGUGUCCCUCCUACUUGAGCAAUGCACCAAAGGUUCAGUGCAGCUUGAGUUCCCAUUGUCCAACCGGAGCUCAGAUGACAUCAUCACUGGAAUGAUUGGUUUCACCAUCUCCCGAGAACCAUGUGGCAUCAAUGGUAGUGCCAAUGCCAAUGGACAUGUCAGUGACCUGGAGGAGCUCCCAUGCCCCCUUCCACCAAAUCAGAACCUGGCCAAUGGGAGUCCACUUGUGUUCCGGCGCCAGGCUAGCCUCCGUGAACGUCGCACCAAUCCACCAUCCCAAGUAAAUCACUGGAACCGUGAUGACACAUGCCUACCAAACUCUGAUUAUGUCCCACUAUGGGAAGAUUUGGUUUCCGGGGAUGCAUUAAGACAGGGAGACACUGAAGCCCCUCCUCUGCCACCUCGAGCAAACAAGCACAAGCCAUUGGAGCGUACCAAGGCCUUACAAUUUUCUAAUGGUCUCACCUUGAAUGGAUCAGGUCACCCAGUGAAGUCACGCCCCUGCCCAUGUCCACCCCCCUUGAUGGCUGGAUCAACUGGAAAGCCCAAACUCCCUACACCAACCAACAAGACACCUCCAGCAUCCAUCCCUGAUGUCAACUGCUCAGACAUGGCUCCACCCGUGCCAAAGAGGACACGAAUGUACCUGAAACCAGAGGACAUGUUUUCAUUUAUGAUCGUGGACAAAGAUGCCAAUGACAAUGAGAUCAGAUCAGCAAAGGCAGGUCGAGAUGGUGAAAAUAAUGUUUCAGACUCAAGUGUGGAGCUCAUGCUCCAAGACUUCCAGCGUUUUCUUUCCAACAAGGAAGAGGAGGAUUCUAGUCUCCUCCGUCGGCUUGAGAUGGGACCGGGACGGUCUGGCCCGUCAUCAUCAAGUGAUAGUUCUGCUGAAGAUGUCCUCAUUCCUGGUGCCAUUGGAGGUGAAGUGCUGGCAUGCCCACCCACGCCAACACAUCAUCCUCGCCUGAAGCACAACAAAGCCAUGAGGACAGUGCAUGUAUGGGAGGAUGAGGAUCCACCUCACACACCCACUGCAAGGCUUCCAUCCAUCCCAGAGAAGAUGGGUAUCAUGCCUCGUGUACAACUAGGACCUGGGGAGGAACCUCUUCCUCCAAGCUGGGAGGCAAGAGUGGACAGCCAUGGUCGCAUCUUCUUCAUUGACCAUGCCAACCGUACCACAACAUGGAUUCGACCCACCAGCACUGGAACACCUUUUCCAAAUGUGGAAGAAGUUGAGAGGCAACAGCUUGAUCGCAGGUAUCAGAGCAUCAGAAGAACAAUGACAUCCCUUCAGGAGGAAAGACCUGACACAGGAUUAAGUUCACCACCGGUUCCAAGGCGCCCCAGCCGUGCCACAUCCCAAGCCAACCAGGAAAGCCCAGCUGUGAGAUUCCUCUCCCGCUGUGACUUCCUUUCCAUCCUUCAGGCUCAUCCAGAAGCAUAUGAAGUGUACUCAAACAGUUCACCUCUGAAGCACAUGAUCCGUCGAAUUAGGCAUGACAUUGGUGCAUUUGAUCGCUACCAGCACAAUCGUGACUUGGUCACCUUCCUCAACCUUUUUGCCGAUGCUUCUAAGGACCUACCUCCUGGCUGGGAGAUGAAGACAGACAAUAGUCGAAAGUUCUUCAUUGAUCAUGGCUGUAAGACAACGACAUUCAUUGAUCCCCGUCUUCCUGUGGAGGGAGCUGAGCAUCAGCCGUGUCUAAGACGACGAAGUCGUAGCUCAGGGAAUGAGACCCCCAUUCGUGUGCCCCCAACCCCACCACCAAGACCUUCUCCCUUGGGAGUUCUCACACCUCCCUUAGGAGUUCAAAACUCUUCUGACCAAGUGGAUUCAUCCCCGUCUCCUACCUAUGCAGAUAGGGUGGUGGCCUUCCUCCGUCAACCUAACAUUUUGGAUAUUCUCAAGGAACGGCAUGCCCCCGUUGGCUCCUCUGCAUCCCUCCGAGAAAAGAUACAGGCCAUUCGGGGUGAGGGCACUCUUGCUCUCAAUCGACUUGUUGACGACAUUGAACUCAUAAUAUUGCUCAGUCUGUUUGAGCAAGAAAUAAUGCUGUACAUGCCAUCAACUGGGGGAACUGGACCAGGUGUAGGAAUGGGCACUGGAAUUGGUUUGCAUGGGGCUCGAAGCCCCCAGCCAUCUCCACAGGCCUCACCAGCACUUGGACGAGCUGUGAACCUCCGUGCACCUGCUCCUUAUCGGCGUGACUUUGAGGCCAAGCUCAGAAACUUCUACAGAAAGAUGGAGGCAAAAGGAUAUGGACAGGGACCAAGCAAACUGAAGUUGACAGUGCGCCGGGAACAUGUCUUGGAGGAUGCAUUUAACAAGAUCAUGAUGACAUCAAAGAAAGAGCUGCAACGAUCAAAGCUCUGUGUCACAUUUAUAGGAGAAGAGGGGCUGGACUAUGGAGGACCCAGUCGGGAGUUCUUCUUCCUCCUCUCCCGUCAACUCUUUAACCCCUAUUAUGGGCUCUUUGAAUAUUCUGCAAAUGAUACAUACACUGUCCAGGUCUCCCCACUCUCAGCCUUUGUUGAUGAUUAUCAAGACUGGUUUGUCUUCUGUGGUCGGGUCUUAGGCUUGGCCUUGGUUCAUCAAUACCUGUUGGAUGCCUUUUUCACCAGGCCCUUCUAUAAGGCUCUCCUACGCCUGCCCAUGAACAUCUCUGACCUGGAGUCUAUUGAUGCAGAGUUUUAUUCAUCACUGCUAUGGCUGUCUGAGAAUGAGGCAACAGAGGACCUUGACCUAACAUUUGCUGUGAAUGAGGAAGUGUUUGGGAAUGUGAUUGAACGUGAGUUGAAGCCCAGUGGGAGGAAGAUACUGGUCACUGAGAAGAACAAGCAGGAAUACAUUGAGCGAGUAGUCCGGUGGCGUCUGGAACGAGGCAUUGCAGAGCAAACAAAAUAUCUUGUGUCUGGCUUCUAUGAGGUUGUAGAUCCUCGGCUUGUAUCUGUGUUUGAUGCUCGGGAACUGGAACUAGUAAUAGCAGGAACAGUGGAGAUUGACGUGUCUGACUGGAGGAGAAACACAGAGUACCGCUCUGGUUACCAUGAUGGACAUCCGGUCAUUGAGUGGUUUUGGAGUGUCCUGGAGCGCUGGGACAAUGAUAGGAGGCUCCGUCUUCUUCAGUUUGUCACUGGAACCUCAAGUAUUCCAUAUGAAGGGUUCUCAGCCUUGCGGGGCUCUAACGGACCAAGACGAUUCUGCAUUGAGAAAUGGGGCAAGCCAUCCUCUUUGCCCAGGUUUGGACAAGUUGGCAAGAUGAGCAGUAGUAACGGUCCCUACAUUGGCAGUAAGAUCAGCCUCAUCUCUAAAUCCCUGAUCCGCUAUGAAGGUAUACUUUACACUAUUGACACCAGGGAGUCCACUGUUGCCCUGGCAAAUGUACGGUCCUUUGGGACUGAGGAUCGCCCUACGGAUCGUCCUGUGGGGCCACGAAGUGAAUUAUAUGAAUACAUAAUCUUCCGCGGGUCGGAUAUCAAGGAGAUCCGUGUGUGUGAAGCACCCACGCUAGAGGACCCAGCUAUCGUUCAGCAAUCCCGGCCAACCACGAGUGCAUCCUUUCAACCUCAGCCUUCGUUUGGCCCCAUUGGAGCCAUGCCACCUCCAUAUCCAACAACCCAAUGGGGCAGUAGUUCACCUGCUGGAGUCUGGGGUCCAGGGAGUCUUAGCGUACCCAUUGGACGGCCACCUGCACCAACUCACCCGCCACCACAUGUCACACCUGGGUUUGAAGGAUCUGAAAUUUCACCUAUGAAUUCCCCACCACCUGGACUUGGAAAGCCCGAGUCUCAUUCAUUACUUGGGCCAAUCGGAAAGCCACCAACAAGUCCACCUGUUUCUGAGACCCCAUUGUCAACAGAUGCUUUAUCACCUCAGGCUCACAAGUCACCAUCCCUGGAUGGAUCAGCUGUUGUUGAUCAGGGUUUGAAGUCCAAUGAUCACUAUGAUGAAACUAAGGCUGUUGGAUAUAGACCUAUGUGGAAUCAGAGAUCAUGGCAAGGUGGGGACCGUUCACGAGGACAGAUGCAUCAGCGCCCUCCGGGUGGAAGUGGGCAAAAUCAACGCUUCCAACAUGGGAACCGCAACAUUGGAAUGCGUCGGGGACGUGGGAGAGCUGCAGGAGGGAGAGGUGGCACAAAUCGGGCUGAACCAGUUAAAUUUGAAGGUGAGUAUGACUUUGAGAAGGCCAAUAAUGACUUUGAGGCCCUGAUGAGCAAAUUGAAGAUAAAUGGCUCUGCCAAGUUGGAAGCAGGAGAUGGUCCUGAAGUUAAUGCCACCAUUAAUGAGCAUAAAGAUGAAAAGGAAUACCCAGAAAUUGAUGGGGAGAUUGAAGGAGCAGAAGGUGGAGGUUGGGAAGCAACACCAGAUCCCAAGGUUUACUAUGACAAGGCCAAGUCCUUCUUUGACAACAUCACAUGUGAGGCAGUAGAACGGAGCAAGGGACGGGUCCAGCGUCCUGACUGGCGACAGGAGAGGAAGCUCAACUGUGAGACAUUUGGCGUUAGUUCUGUUCCCAGGCGGGGAUAUCGCCGUGGAGGCUAUUAUUCAGGUCGGGGAAGCAUGACUCAAGGCUAUGGAUUUGGAUUCGGCAGAGGUGGAAAUCUCUGGAGAGGAGGUCCUGGAAGAGGUGGACGACAUACAACAGAGAACCGUGGUGGAAACGCAUCUCGAGGUCGUGGUACUGUCCCCAGGAAAUGAUGGAUGAGGUAUACUGUUCAAUCGGGAGUUCUUGGGAAUUGUACAAAUAAAAAAAAGAGACACCAGACUUGUGAAGAGAAACUAGCAUCCCUAUCCUGUCAUCCUUUGUUCUUUUGGAAGUCUCUUCCCUGACUGAACACUCGCCUCCAUGCCGUGCUCCCUGGAAGUAUCUACACAGCAGUUUCAUGUCAGGGACUUCUUAAGUUCUCAAAAGGGGACAUCCCAACAUGUUUUUAUAGUUAAAUACUCUUUCCUUCCAGUUGUUCACAUAAUUAGUUAAUCAAACAAAUGCCCAUGAUGUGGUGUUGGAUUGCAUCUGGGAUAGCUUGUGAGUGACUGGUCAAUUUCUUUCCACAAUUUUUGGUAUUGUGGCAUUUCCUGUUUUCUACCUGGUUGUAACAAGGUCAUGAUGUUUUUUGCACAAUGGAACACUAUAGAUAAGUAUGGCUUGAUUGUGAAUUUGAUGGACCCAGGGCCUUGGAAUAAAGCAUGAGCUUUAUCGCAUCAAA